ACAUCAAGCCUGGUACUGCAUUGACAGAGAGACCAUCAGGAGUAUACCAACCCAUUGGGGUACAGAAUAGCACCAUCAUUCCGGAUGAUCUGAUGACAGCUUCAUCCCAACUGACCGGAUCCGAGGCGUACAGGGGCCGCUUGAACGGCGAUGGAGCCUGGCAGCCGACUGGACAACAGGAAUUUGAGGCCCUGGCCGUGGACCUAGGGAAAAAGUAUUACAUUUUCGGUAUCCAGACCCAGGGACAGGGAGAUGGCUACGUCGAGACGUACCGAUUCGUAUACCAGCCGGAAAACUCAACAGAGCUGAUUACCUACUCGGAAGAUGGUGUGAGCGCCAAGAUUUUUACCGGAAAUUUUGACAACGAGACGAUUGUUCAACAGAACUUUACUUCCUACAUCCACGCCAGGUAUAUACUUGUGAACCCGGAAACGUUUUCUGGAGCUCCAAGACUACGGAUUGAACUACUCGGAGUAAACGUUGUGUACCAACCAAUAGGUGUACAGGACAAAAACAUUAUACGAAAUGAUCAAAUGACUGCUUCAUCGCAACUAAACGGGUCCGAGUCGUACAGGGGCCGCUUGAACGGCGAUGGAGCCUGGCAGCUGGCUGGGCAAGAUGUAGUACGGUACCUGGCCGUGGACCUAGAGAAAAUGUAUUACGUUUUCGGUAUCCAGACCCAGGGACAGGGAGAUGGCUACGUCGAGACGUUCAGGAUCUUAUACCAGACGGACAGCUCACCACAACUGAUUGGCUACUCGGAAGAUGGUGUGAACCCCAAGAUUUUUACUGGAAAUUUUGACAACGAGACGAUUGUUCAACAGAACUUCACUUCCUACAUCCUCACCCGGGUUAUAGUUGUGAACCCGCGAACGUUUUCUGGGGCUCCAAGACUACGGAUUGAACUACUCGGAGUAGAAGAGUUGCCCACGACAAGCUUACCAACAACGCGCCACCCUUGGACAACUACAAAAAGCCCGGUAACAUCACCUUUAUUUACAACCUCUGCAACCACCUUGACAUCAAGUGCUGCAGAAACCACGCGGACAACUACAAAAAGCCCAGAAACAUCACCUUUAGUUACAACCUCUGCAACCACCUUGACAUCAAGCGCUGCAGAAACCACGUCGUCAUCCCACUUGUACCCAUCCACAGAACGGUUCUAA